CACUCCGAGAUGGGGUCGAUCGAGGGCAUUAUCAUCCUUUCUGCCUCUCAUCAACCCAUCUUGCAUUCCAACUUCUUGCACCCGCUUCCCAACUACCCGCUCCUGCAUGCCGACCAGCUCUCUUCCCGACUCGAGUCAUCUGCAUCGACCAAAGACGAGGCGCCAAUUUCGUGGACGGAGGGCGUGCCUAGAGCUGGCGAUGUCGUGUCCGAAGACGACGAAGCUAGCGAGCGGGAAAGCCGAGGAGACGACGACGCCAGCCUCGCCGAUGGAGUGGCAUACGAGGCUAGCGAGGGAGAUGGCGACUCAGCAUCGUGCCAUGUCGAACACAAUGGGCUUCGGCUAGUGGCCACCUUUUCAAAGCAUGUGGAUCCGAUGCUGCCCUUGUCGUUCCUCUCAUCGCUCGUCGCCAACUUGCAGUCCUACCUUGGCAGUCCGCUGACGGAAGAUGCGGUCCGCGACAAUUUCGACACCGUCUACCAAGUUAUGGAGGAGAUGCUUGACGAGAGUGGGCAGCCCCUCACGACAGAAUUCAACGCGCUGAGAGACAUUGUCCGAGAGCCGAGCUGGGUCAGCAAGGUCGCCAGCAAGAUGGGAAGCGCAGGCAUGCCAGGAAUGGGCUCUACCCUGGCACCACCUCCGCUCGUCUCGCCCAUCCCGUGGCGACGGCCAACCUCUGCGUCUCGCUACACGACCAACGAGCUAUACAUCGACAUUGAAGAGACUCUUUGCGGGACUUUCGCAAGGUCGCCAGUCUCUUCGACACAACCAAUCGAAGCCCGUCCGUUAGCCCCGCUCAAGCUUCGAGGGAUCAUCAAGGGAAAGGCCAAGCUCAAUGGCACACCUGACCUCCUGUUGCGACUCAACAAUCCCUCGAUGCUGAGAGAGGCGAGGCUCCAUCCCUGUAUCCGAAUCAAGCGUUGGAAGAAGGAGGGCGUGCUGAGUUUCGUCCCGCCCGACGGUGAAUUCGACCUCGUUGAAACCAAUAUUGAAGCUUCGGUCGGUGCACUGGACAAGAAGCUGCCGUUGCGUCUGCAUUGCGAGAGGAGACAAGAAGAAAAGCAACAGACGACGUUCAAGAUCACUCUCAUGGCCACCGUUGCGGAGGCUGUCGACAACAUCGAGGUCAUCUUUGGCGUCACCGAUGCUAGCGCUAGCAUUGAGACGACGACCAGCGGCGUCUCUAGCGAGGACAAGGCAGGUGCAGGCACAUUCCACUAUGACCCCAAGAGAGGCGUCGCACGCUGGUCUGUUGCCAGGUUUUCGCGGGGACAGCGGCCUCUGAGCCUGACAGGAACGGUGACGAGUGAUACAAACCCCUGCCUGUCGACGGCUGUGACCAGUCGUUUCGCGGUUCCACUGUCGAGCAUCGCUGGGCUCAAAGUGACGGGACUGGACAUAACUGCAGACUCGGCCUAUCGGCCUUACAAAGGCGUUCGGAACACUGUCAAGGGAGACAUCGAUUGGCGGUGGUAGCCGUCUUCAUUUCUCAGCCAGACUCCCCACUUCAACAUCUGUAUACUAGAAAGCUAGCAAUGUCUGUAUACCCUAC